UGCAAAGCAAACACUAAAUAUGAAAAAAUAGUAGAGGAAAUAGAGAACGAUGAUGCUAGUGUGUAUUCCAUUAACAUGAAUGAUACAAACUCAGAGAUUAGUGUAAAAAUUAAUGACUACAAUAUAAAAAUGCAAGUAGACACCGGAAGUCAAGUCACAAUUAUUCCAAAAAAUUUUUGGGAACUAAUGUCUAAACCGAAAUUACAAAAAUGCUACCUUCGCCUGAAACAGUUUGAUGGCACAGUUAUAAAAGUCCUAGGCGAAUUUGAGGCAACUUUGGAAACCGAAUCAAAAAUGAACAUCGUACGAAUUAUUGUUGCAGACUGUACAAAAAAUCAUGGUCUAAUUGGUAUGGAUGUAUUAAAUUUCAACGCCACAAAAUUAGUUAAUAGUAUAGAACCUCUUGUUCAUGGGCGUUUAAUUAAUUACAAAGCAAAUAUUCUGUUGAAAAACGGCGUACAACCAACUUAUUUUGAAGCUCGACCUCUUCCUAUCCAUAUAAGACCACUAGUGGUAGAUAAACUUAAUGGAAUGAUACAGCAAGGGUUGCUUCAAAGGGUUCCUCCUGGUGGAAGCAGAUGGGCUUCACCGCUUGUGGUUGUUAGAAAAACAGACGGAGAUUUACGCAUUUGUGCGGAUUACAAAAUAGGUGUUAACCAAAAAAUAUGCUCAGACUCAUAUCCCAUCCCAAACAUUGAGACCGUAUUUCAUAAAAUGGCAGGGAUGAAAUACUUUGCUAAAAUUGAUCUCAAGGGAGCUUAUCAUCAAAUUGAGAUGGACAAAGAGGCACAAGAAAUAACAACAGUUAAUACCCCUAUUGGAUUAUUAAGAUGGACCUGUUUACCUUUCGGAAUUAAGACUGCAAGUGCGAUAUUUCAAAGAGCGAUAGAAUCUGUUGUUGGCGAUAUUAUUCCCAAUAUGAUUAUAUUUCAAGACGAUAUAUGUGUCGGUGCUAAAAAUGCUGAAGAACUCAAAUCGAAUUUAAACAAAAUAUUGAGCAAAUUGAAGGAAUCGGGAAUGAGCAUAAAUAAACGAAAGUCAGUGAAUGAAACAAAAAGUCUUUCAUUUUUAGGAUAUGAACUGUCAGAAAAAGGAGUUACCCCAGAUCGUAAUUUAGUCAGCAAAAUACUUGGAAUAAGUCCUCCUAAUAAUAAAAAGGAACUCGAGUCAUUUAUAGGAUUAAUAAACUUUUAUGGUCGACACAUUGAUAAAUAUGCUGAAAAAAUUUUACCUUUAAACAAUUUAAGAAAGAAAGGAGUUACAUUCGAAUGGAGGAAGGAGCAUCAACAGGCAUUUGAAUUGCUAAAAAGAAACCUUUGUGAAGAACCCGUAGUGAAGGUUUAUGACAUCAACCAAGAUCUAGAGUUAACAACAGAUGCUAGCGAGAAAGCUAUAUCUGGAAUACUUUCACAGAAUGGCCAUCCGGUAUUGUAUCUCUCACGAACUUUAUCAGACGCUGAGACAAGAUAUUCUAAUAUUGAGAGAGAAGCUUUAGCUAUUGUAUGGUCUGCUCACAGAGCUAGGCAUUUUCUGUUGGGUAGAAAAUUCAAAUUAAUAUCAGAUCACAGGCCAUUAGAAUUUAUAUUUGAUAGUAACAAAGAAUUGCCCAAAGUCACAUCCGCUAGAAUUUUAAGAUGGGCCAUACAAAUGAUGGCAUUUGACUACGAAAUAAGCUACAAGAAGGGAGAAAACAUUCCUCAUGCUGACGCAUUAUCGAGAUUGUCCUUUCUACCACAAGAUGAAGAGAAAGACCAAGAAACAUUUAUACACUUAGUCGAGUCAGAUAUAGUGAACCUUGAGCAAAUAAUAAAAGAAACAGAAAAUGAUAGGGUAUUGAUGGACAUCAAAACCAGAAUUAGGAAGAAUAAUUGGAGCAGAUGCUCGGUAAGAGAAAGACCCUAUAAAUCUAUUAGGAAUAAACUGACUAUCGAAAAAGGAAUUGUGUGUAAUGGUGACCUCAUUGUACCUCCUAAGACAAUGAGAAAGAUCUUCAUCAAAUCGAUCCAUGAUGAUAUACAUUGUGGCAUAAUGCAAACGCGAUGUAGAUUAAAAUUAGAAGCCUGGUGGCCUGGCUACUGUCAAGAUGUUGAAGAUUAUGUGAAAAACUGUGAAAAAUGUGCCGAAAUAAAAGUGAAGAAGGAAAGGACAUUACAUACAUGGCCAAGUGAAAAUAAACCUUGGUGUAGAGUACAUAUGGAUCAUGCACAUGUACAGGGUAUCGGACUGUUUUUGAUUUUAGUAGAUUCUUUUUCUGGAUGGCCGGAAGUUAUUAAGGUAAAUAACCGUGAAGCAACCACUGUAAAGGCAGUACUACAAAGUGUUUUUUCAAGAAAUGGAGUUCCAGAGGUUUUAGUAUCCGACAAUGCUGCGGAAUUUCAUGAUACCACCUUACACCAGUGGCUAAAGAAAGUAGGUUGCGUACCUUAUAAGACUCCACCUUACCAUCCUCAAUCUAACGGAGCAGCUGAAAGAAUAGUAGAGACAGUUAAGAUGGGUUUAAGAGCUUAUUCACCGGACAAAGGUUUAUUAUGUGGAUAUUUAAGCAGAAUGCUUUUAAGUUACAGAACAAUACCUCAUGCAGGAAGAUCAAGGAGUCCUUCCGAGAUGAUGGGAAGGCAGUUGAGAUCCCCUCUCACCAUGAGUUUCGAAAGUGGGACACCUUUAUGGUACCGUCAAAAACCAGAUUCCAAACCUGAACCUGCCUCAUUCAUCUCUCAGGCAGGUCUAAACACUGCGAUCAUAUUAAGGAAUAACUCUUCGGGUACGUUAGCACACUGUGACCAAAUAAACAAACGCCUAAAUGAGUCUAGUAUACUUAUGAAUAAUGAAGGCAGUAUGCGGUAUGAUCAUACCAAUAAUGAAAAAAUCGAUCCAUGCAAUAGUGAUAAAUCUGAUAUGUCCGAACUACGUGUUACUAAAGAAGAACCUAACCAGAAUCGAAGAAGUACUCGGUCGACAAGGGGGCAAAAGCCAAUACGUUUCAGGGAUGUGAAGCCGUGAACCUUAGUCAUAUGCGGACAAAU